GGAUAAAAAGGGCUGAAAGGUGGCGGACGAUGCCAUCCUGAGUGCCCUGUGACCAACCCACCUGUUUGCCGGUCCGCAUCUGUGUGACAUCUGCCGCCCAGCAUGGCCAAGAACGAGGGCAGCUCCAAGCGGGAUGCGGACGACCUGGUGGAGGACAUCUUCAUGUCCCUGCUCUUCGGGGUCAUCAGCGCCCUGUCCCUCAUCAUCGGGGCCUUCAUCGGCAUCGUGCGCCUGCCGCCCCUCACCGUCCGGGCGGCACUCAUGGCAUUCGGUGGCGGCGCCCUCCUCUUCGCCCUCACACUGGAGCUCUUCGGACACGCCGUACACGAGCUCGAGGAACACGAAGUCUUCGGUAGGGGGGGGAGGAAGGGGAAAGAGGAAGAGCCCCGCGCAAGGCGCGUCCAUCCAUAUGUUUCUUUCCAUCCAUCUGUGGUGUGGGCAGGUCGGAAGCUCAUCGGCACCAUGUUUGGGGCAUCGCUUGGCGGCGGUCUUUUUUUCGCGGGUCUGAACCGCAUUCUCAACUCGCAGGGUGCGUGGAUCCGCAAGCCGGCGCUGGUCAAGGCGUCGUUCGACAAGAUCCGCCGGCUCUUCGCCAGCACCAUCGUCAAGCGGCUGCGCAAGAUACCCAUGUUCCAGGACCUCCCCGACGAGGAGCUCUACAGACUCGUGGAGGAGAUGCAGACUGAACGGUAAGAGGAGAUGCAGACUGAACGGUAAGAUCAUCGACAAGGCGGGGAGGAGCGAAAAGACAGUUUACACAUUCCACCCAUCUGGUCCAUCCGUCCAUCCGUCCAUCCAUCUAUGUGUGUGCAGUUAUCGGAAGGACGACGUGAUAUUCCACGACCUGGACGAGUACACGUCUCUCUAUGUGGUGGUGACGGGCCAGGUCAUGAUCGAGCUCAAGGAGGACAGGGCGGCCACACUCGCGGCCGACCCAACCUCCUUCCGCAAACUCAAGGAAGAUAUCGAUAAGCACCAGCAGCAGCAGCAGCAGCAGCAGGAGGGGCAGCAGGAGGAGGGCGGGGAGGGAGGUGUGGCUGGGGGUGAGGCGAGCAAGAAAUACGAGGUGGGCAAGAGCCACCGCCGCGCGUCGGUGCGCAAGUCGGAGAUCCUGGAGGUGUUCAUCGCUGGUCAGUGGUCGGCUGGAUGGAUGGAUCGGAGGGGCGGGGGAUGGGGGGCAUGGAUGUCGUAUCUGUGUGGCAUCUAUGUUGUGUCAGGUCCCAACGAUUUGUUUGGUGAGAUGUCUCUGCUGGCUGGCGUGUCGCUGCGUGCCGAAGCGACGGCCAUGGAGCCGACCAAGGUGCUGCGCAUACCUAACUCAGCCAUGCACCGACUACUCGCUUCAAGUACACUGCACCCAACCAACACACACAGCAUGCCGCAUCCACGUCCAUCCAUCGAACCAUCAGGCACGGCGUUGCAGGAGAAGGUAGCGGCAAUGGCGAUCAAGAACUUCCAGGAGGAAGAGGCCUUCAAAGACGUACCUGCAGGUCGGGCGGGGGGGUGGGGGCGACACACAGAGGUCCCAUGGAGUGUGAUGUGUGUAUGUUGGUUGUUUGUGUGUGGGGGUGCAGAGGUGCUGGUUCAGAUGACCAACUACAUGCACCACGAGGAGAUCCCCGCGGGCGAGGUCAUCUUCGUCGAAGUCGACCACACCACACCCAUCUACUUCAUCGUUUUCGGAGAGGUACACACCUCAAUGACAGACAGACAGACAGACAGACAGACAGCAGGCAGCCAGAGAACCAGAGACGGUUGUGAAUGUGUGUAUUGUGUGGUGUGUGGGUGUCAGGUUCAAGUGACGUAUGUCGAUCAGCGUGUGGACCAAUUGGGCUCCCACGACCUCAUCGGCCUGGACCACCUACAGACCGGCAAAACCGUCCAGUAAGCCUCUCUCCUCCCCUCCCCUCACACACACGUUGAGACACGUGUGUGUGUGUCACGUGGGCAGGGCGACGGCGAUAGCUACGGAGCAGACGACGUUGCUGAGGUUGACGCGUGAGGACCUGACGCACAUAGUGGAGACGGGCGAUAAGGGCAAGGCGCUGCAGCGGGCGCUCGAGAGUGUCCCCAACAAGGAAAUCACCAGACACGAGUCCGUGCGAAAGAGCAAAGUGGUCCCGAGUAAGCAAAGCCAAAGCGAGCCACUCAUAAACAACCACCAACACGUGAACUGUGUGUGUAUCGUGGCUACAUAUCUGCACCAACCGACCGUCGUGUGUCUGAGAUAGAGGUGUCGCAGCAGCGUGCCCUGGGGUGGGAGCGCAUACCGUCCGAUGUGGUCAGUCACAUCACAGACAGAUCUCUGAUCCACACACCACACCCACAUCCAUCCCCGCUCAUCUGAAUGUCUAUCGAUGUGUGUGGCCUGCCUGCCUGCCUGCGUCAGAAACCCGAGGAUUUGGAGGGCAUGCAGCACGACCAGAUCCGGCACAUGCUCAGCAAGGCACACGACAGUCAGCUACCUACCCACCCACACCCGCCCCAGAUGUCACUGACCCCUCCCUCCAUGUGUGUGUGUGUGUAUCAGCAUCGAGCCGUAGCGUUCAUGAAGGAGACCAAGGACGAGCAGCAGCAGAAGAAGCUCCGCAAGGGGCGCAGCAGGCUCAGCGUCCUGCUGCCCACCAUACCGCAGGAAAAGACCAAGGAUUACGUACGUACGCACCGAUCAAUGCAAUGCACACACAGCCAAGGACAGGACAGGACAGGACAGGCAGGUCAACGGUCGGUCUUUCCAAUCUCUCGUCGUCUCACUCAGGAGGAGUUGUUAGAGGACGACGCCGACCCCGUCGCAGAGGCAAUUAUCCAUCCAUCCACACGCACACCCACCCACCCCCCACACCCACCCAUCCACCCCUCCCUGUUUGGUUGCUUUGUCCCCCAUUGAUUUGGUUGGUGCAGUUGGCCGAGGCCCGUCAGCUGAUGAUGCAGAUCACCGAGGAGGAGGAGGGCCCCACCAGCGCCCGGCUCGGCCGCGAGAUGCUCACCGACAUCGCCGCACACGAGGACGUCGAGAAGCCCCACGGCGAGAAGGGCCACGGCCACGGCCAUGGAGGGGGCAGCGCGCAGGCGGCCGUGAUGAUAUGGCUGGGCAUUCUGAUCGACGCGGUGCCAGAGUCGCUGGUGAUCGGCAUUCUGUGGGUCAGCAAGGGGCUGGGGGGCAUGCUGCCCUUCCUCAUCGGCGUCUUCCUGUCCAACCUCCCGGAGGCCAUGUCCUCCAGCGGCACCAUGAGGGUAUGUAUGCAUUGGUCCUGGGGGCACACACACGGCUCCGUCAGUCAGUGUGUGUGUGUGUGUUUGUAGGCGAGUGGGAUGCGUGUGCCGACGAUCUACCUGAUGUGGACGGGCAUAGUGAUAGUGACGGGCGUGGGUGCGGGCAUCGGGCCGCCAUAUUUCCCCCCGGAGACAAAAGCGAGGGAGAAGAGGUCAGUCAGCUCAGCGGAGCGAUAGAUACCAACUACAAUAAUGGUGUGGGUUGGUUGUGUGUGUGUAUGUUUGGGGGGCCGCUGUCCGUUUGUCAGUUGGCCAUAGGUGCGGUGGAGGGUUUGGCAGCCGGAGCGAUGCUGACCAUGAUAGCACAGACCAUGCUG